AUGUCCGGACGCGGGAAAGGCGGUAAAGGCCUGGGGAAAGGCGGCGCUAAGCGCCACCGCAAGGUUCUGUGCAACAACAUCCAGGGCAUCACUAAGCCUGCUCUCCGCUGCCUGGCUCGUCGUGGUGGUGUGAAGCGCAUCUCUGGGCUCAUUUACAAGGAGACCCGUAGGGUCCUAAAAGUAUUUCUGGAGAACGUGAUCCAGGACGCGGUCACCUACACCGAGCACGCCAAGCGGAAGACUGUCACCGCCACCGAUGUGGUCUACGCUCUCAAACGCCAGGGCCGUACCCUCUACGGUCUCGGCGGUUAA